AUGGCUUCCGGUGGCAGCCUCCCCGACGAUCUCGGCCUCGGAAGAUUGGUUCUCAGCCAGCCGCGCACCGAUGUUGACUUGCCUGCCGAGGAUGACGUUUUCCAGGGAGGCCCUGGUGCUCUGACCAUUACUGCCCCUCCCCCUGGUCCUAUCUCUUCGUCCAUGGUCCAGGUUGAGACUUCGCCCUCGAAGGCUCGCGUUCUUGGUUUCCAUGAGGACCGCGUGCCCGACGCACAGGAGUUUUACUCGUCCGAGUUCUGCGUCUUCGUAGCCAAUCUUCCUCAAUCUCAGAGCGACGAGACUCUUGAGGCUGCCGUCACCGAGACGUUUUCAAAGUUUGGUACGGUUUUUGUUAAGAUUCGCCGUGAUACUCGGAACCAGAUGCCGUACGGCUUCGCUCAGUUCACUAAUGCUCAUAAUGCACGCACUGCCCUCUUGAAGGGUAGAGGCAGUAUCAUUCUUGGUCGAGCCUGUCGCACCGAGCGUGUGAAGGGAAAUUGCCAAUUCGUCUUGUACCGCCGAGAUGGAUCGGUUAUGACCCGUGCUGAGGUGACCAACCUCAUGGAAGUCCAGGGCACCCUUGCCCGAGUUGAGCCCCUCCACUCUCAAACUCAGUCUCUGACCAACUUUCCUGAGACGGCCUGGCUUAUCACAUACGAUCUGUUCGAUCCACGUCGUGACGUCGUCGGCGUCUUCGCCAAUCACAUGACUUACAACGUUCGUCCUUUCAAUCAUAGGGACACUUCCGACAGGAUUCAGGUACCGGGAGGUGGUCAUCGUGCCCCGAACGAUAAGUAUGGGUCGAAUGGCCGGUCCAUUUACAUCGCCAACUUGCCUGUCGACAUUGACGAAGCCGCUGUUCGUACCAUCGUCAGCGGAUUCAACCGAGUUCAAAGGGUACAGAUUCGGCAGACCACCACCAAUACUUCAGGCGGCCGUCGGGCGUAUGCCUUUGUUGAAUUCGAUCACGCUGAUGUCGCUGACGCUGCGAUUACCCAGUUGAACGGGCUCGUCACUCCCGACAACCACGGCUUCCUUCGUGUGCAGAGGAGGAUCAUGCACACCUUCCCUUCCAACCGUCCCCAGGGCCUUCUUCCAGCUCAGAGCUACGUUAACCGUGAGCUGUACCCUCAGGUUAUGACCAACUCAGCUCCUAGAGAAAUCGGUGAGGGACAUGUCCUCGGCGUUCACAACAACAUUCAGGAGACGCCAAUGAAGCAGGUGCAACAUCAUCAUCAUCAUCAGGAGUUACAGGCGGCUGCUAGCACUCCUUCCGAACUUGGCCAGGUCACGCCGGCAAACACUAUGCAGGCGCCGCCUCCAAGCAUUGCGAAUCCGAUGAGCCCCAUGAGUCCCAUGGGCCCCAUGAGCCCCAUGAGCCCUUGGAUUCACACCUCACCUUAUGGCAACCCUUUCGCCGCCACCAUGGGAUACUCCCCUUUUGCCGGAUCACAGUAUACCAUGAUGACGCCCCAGGCCUCGCCUGCCAUGUACUAUCCUCAACAGAGCCCGCAGCCUCACUUCUCGCCCUUCGUCAUGGCUCCACACAUGCCUGCAGCUUACUAUCAUCCUGGUAGCUGGGCUGCUCAUGGUUUCGUUCCCGGUACUUACAUGGUCGACUCGGCUGCCGAAGGCCAGGCCACGGAUCAGGAUUCCAACGACCACGAUGACGGUAUCCAUGAUGCCGAAGCCGGCCACGGCCAGGUCACUUCGGAAGGUGGCGUUUCGCUCAAGGAGGAGUGA